AAGAUGGUAAAUGGUCUGAUUUUAAUCAGAUUGAUGAAAUGGCGGACUGCAGCGAGAACAAAAUUUUGGACUAUGUCAAAAACAACUGGAAGGAUGAUGAUUUCUUUGGCUACCAGUUCCUGAAUGGUCUUAACCCCAUGGUGAUCAGACGCUGCGAGACCCUGCCUGACAACUUUCGUGUCACUGAUGACAUGAUCAGUCAGCACAGCAACGGUCCCUCUUGGCUGGAUCAGGAAAUGCAGUGUGGCAACAUAUUUCUGUGUGACUACAAGCUGUUGGAUGAAGUAGAAACAAGAGAAAUCCAUGGAAAGCAGCAAUACCUGGCGGCUCCACUUGUGCUGCUCUAUAAAAAAGCUGAUGAUAAACUGGUGCCUAUUGCAAUUCAGCUGAAGCAGAAGCCAGGACCAGACAACCCAAUCUUCCUUCCUACUGAUUCUCCGCAAGACUGGUUGUUGGCAAAAACUUUUGUGAGAAGUGCAGAAUUUAAUUUGCAUGAGCUCAACUUUCACCUGCUGCGCACUCACCUGCUGGCUGAGGUCUUUGCAGUGUCCACGUGGCGCAACUUACCUAUGGUUCAUCCGCUGUACAAGCUUCUCAUACCCCACACUCGCUACACUCUGCAUAUUAAUGUCCUGGCACGAAAGGUCCUAAUAUCUGAGAAUGGUGUCUUGACAACGGUGGCAUCUUCGGGUGGAGAGGGUAUGUUCAAAAUCCUGGGGAAAUCCUUGUCCUCAAUGACGUACAGAUCCCUCUGCAUACCUGAUGACAUUGCAGAUCGUGGGAUGGAAAAUACUCCGAACUUCUACUACAGAGAUGAUGGACUGAAACUGUGGAACAGCCUACACAGAUUUGUUGCAGGAAUCCUGAAUCUCUACUACAAGACUGACGAGGACGUGGAGGAGGACCCUGAGCUGCAGAAUUGGAUAAGGGAUAUUUUUCGACGUGGAUUUCUUUCCAACACAAAUUCAGGAAUCCCAAAUAAAUUGACCACAGUGGCUGAUCUGGUCAAGUUCGUCACCAUGGUGAUCUUCACUGGCUCGGUCCAGCAUUCUGCUGUGAACUCUGGACAGUAUGACUUCGGUGGCUGGAUGCCCAACCUGCCGAGCACCAUGGAACGUCCCCCACCGACCGAAAAGGGGAAAGCAAGUGAGGCCACCAUAAUGGAGGCACUGCCAGACAAAUCAACAACAUAUAGUACCACAAACACCUUGUAUGUGCUGACCCAGGAAUAUGCUGAUGUUGUCCCUUUAGGCAAUUACCCAGAGGAGCAUUUCACUGAGAAGGAGCCCCACAGCCUGAUUAAAGCAUUCCAAAAUGAGCUGAAGCAGCUGAGUGAUGAAAUCAAGAAAAGAAACGAGAAGCUGGAUGUCCCAUACGAAUACCUGGAUCCGGAAAAAAUUGGAAAUAGUGUUACUAUUUAAAAAACUGAUGUUUGAACCCCCUUUCAACCAAAUUUAGAUACAGAUUUGCAAAAGAAAAGAAAUCAGGAGAAAAUGUUUUUAUCUGAUCCUUUACUGUAAAUAUAUUCAGAGUAAAUGUUGCAGUGUUAAAGUAACACUUUAAAAGUACAAUCAUUAUACAGAGCAGGGACAUUAUAGUGGACUUUUUUGCAAACUCACUUACCUGACUGUUCGGACAGAUACUCACUGCUUUUUGCUUCGUUGGUCACAACUAGUGAUGGUGAGGGAGCCUCAUGAGGCAUUUGAACCAUUUGGCUUAUUGCUUCAUGAGGCCUCAUCUGCACAUGUCACCACCUACUGGUGGAGUUCAUAAAUUCAGUUAGUAAUAUAAUAUGUGAUGCUUGCAAUUAUUUGUGUUUUUUUUUCCUAGUUAAGUUCCUUUAAAAUUGUUCAUGAUUAGUGUGUAUAAAAAAGUCCCUUGUAAGGUUUUGGGUGUGUGAAAUUUCUUAGAAAAGAAUGAUCUUUAAAUGUACACUGUCAUUUUAGUGACAUAAGCUCAAACAGCAGUGUUGGGCACGUUACUUUGAAAAAGUAAUUAGUUACUAGAUACUUCUCCCAAAAAGUAACUGAGUUACUAACUGAGUUACUCCACAAUAAAAGUAACUAGUUACUAGUAAAAGUAACUAUUGCAUUACUUUUGCGUUUUCGCCCCCGUAACCCUCACCACCCGGCCCCCACCUUCUCGCCGUGUUUUUCAAAAGCCAGUUGAAUUGGUAUUAAUAUCAUCAGGCUGCAUUACCUCUACUCAUGGGUGUGAAGUUUUUUAGAUCUGGUGAGUGUAUGAAAUUAAUAACUGGGGAUGUCUAAUUCUGAAAUCCUGUGUAUUUUGGUUGUUAUGGAUACUGCAAAAUCCAUCUAUCUAUCCAUCUAUCCAGAUUUUUCCCUUUCUCCAUAUAGGCUAACAUUUGAUCGCUCACACUCUUUGUAGUUCCCCUGUGGUGCGAGCUGUAAGGUUUAUUCAAUGAUGAUUAUACAGUUAAUAUGUGUGCAUAUAAAACAUUGAGGAAAUGAGAUGCUUCACUUGUUUACUGCAAACUGUCAUGCAACGGUGGUGGAAAAUUAAUGAUGUUUGUGCAAAGGCUAAAUCACAGUUAUCAGAAGAGCACACUGUUCUGUGAUUCAAUCAGAGGAGCAUUCUGUCCUCUGACUUCAUCAAUUGCCUUGUCAGAAGAACACUCUGUUUUGGAACACACUUCAUGUGUUAUGAAUUGCUAAUAAAAAGGGCUCUGCAGAGGAAGUCCGUUAGAGAGUUGGGUGUAGCUGUCUCCCUCUGCAGAAGCUGCU